AUGGCUGCCUCGGUCUACGCAACGCCUCCGCCGGACCUGAGCGCCGGCGAGGAAGCGGCCCUCAGCGACGCAUCCAACUCCUCGCAAACCAACAGCUCGCACGGCUCGGCGCUGAAGGCCUCUAAGCGAACCCUGUCCUCGUCCUUCCUGAACGCGGCGACCACCCCAGGCAGCGGUACCACCACCCUCCUCGGGGUCACGAGCUCCUCCGACUCGCUGCCGGACCUGUCGAAGAAGCGGCGCAAACAGUCGAUGCCAAGCCGCUUCGCUUCGGCCAACGGCGCCGCCAUCGGCGCGUCCGGUCCGGGCGAUGAAAAUGGUGGCCAGGGCGAGGACCAGCACCGGCGGACACCCAGCCCGGCCAUGGACACGGCGGAGGAGGACGGGGCCGAGCACGGGGACGAGAGCGGGCUGCUGUCGGACGAGCAGCAGAGCAACUUCCAGAAGAUAUUCCUCUCGAACCUGAGUCAAUUACAGCAGCAGCACCUCCAGCUCCAGCAGUCGGCCGAGGGCCCCUCCCUGCCCGACACCUUCCUGGCGUCGAAGCUGAACAGUCUGAUCUCGCUGAGUGCGGCCGCGCGGGCAUCCGAAGGACACCGCCGUCGGAGCAUAGACGAUGCCGAGGACGAUGAAGGCGAUCUGCGCCGCGACGGCAGUUCCCCCGACCGGGAACCGUUCAAUGGGCGCCGGGAGAGCGAGGAAGAUCGGAGGUCGGUCGAUGGACCGACGGCCAGCGAGGUCGACCCGGGAGUCGUCAACCACCACCAGGCGCCGCGGCUGUCGCUCAAGAAGGAGCUCCUGUUCGAUCCGGACUGGGAUGGGGAGAUCCAGCGGAGCGGCAACAGUCUGCCGAAACCGGAGGACUGGAUCUCGAUCGCGGGUCUCUCGUUCCCGUUUCCACCGGAAGCGGCGGCCGCCCUGUCAGCGUCCGGCUACCUUCCGCAGCUACCGCCGCUGCUUGGCGUCCCACCGUUCGGGGGCUCCGGAGUGGACGGUGCUGGCGGUGCCCGGCCAGGCGGCAACGUCCCGCCGCUGCGUAUCUUCAACCCGGAGGCGUAUUGCGAUCUGUGCAACAAGGAGUUCUGCAACAAGUACUUCCUCAAGACGCACAAGGCCAACAAGCACGGCAUCUACGAGCCGUCGGCCAGUAGCGGCGGCGGUGCCGGUGGCUCCAGCGCCGACGGUGGUCCAUCCUUCGCCGCCAUCGCCAACCCGUUCAGCUCGAUCCACCAAAUGUUCCAGAUGCACUCGGCGGGAGCUGCGACCUCAGCGGAGCAGUUGGAGAAGCUCGGAGCACCUGACACGCCCCCGGUUCCCCCAGCACCCCCAGCACAACCCACACCGGCGCCGAAGUCCACCGCUCAGCCGCCGCCGCCUCUCCGGGCGGCGCAGUCUCCGAAGACGACCGGUGGCGCCACCAACCAAAUCCAGCCGACGGUAUUCUGUGACAUUUGUUUCAAGAAGUUUAGCAGCCUGAGCGCGAUGCGCAAACACCGCAGCAAGGCGCACGAGGUGACAGCUGGGCAGGGUCAGAGUCAGCUGCAGCAACAGCUACAGCAGCAGCAGCAGCAGCAACAACACCAUCACCAGCAACAGCAACUGCAACAGCAGCUACAGCAACACCUCCAGCACCAGCACUACCUGGCCCAGGUCCACCACCAGGCUGACGAGGGCCCGAAGGACUCCCUGGACUCCGGUGGCUGUGCGCUCCCCGAAACGCGCCGGAGCGAUUCCCCCCUGCAGCUCCCGGACGGCUUCCGGGAGGACUACCUGGUGGAGCAGGAGGACGCCUCCUUCACGCCGCAGCCGCGCAAACUAUCGCCACACUCGAUGCAAGCCGCUCGGGAUGCCAACUUCGCGGCCGACAAGCUCCGGCGGCUCGGCGUAACCAACCCGGAGGCAUUCUGCGAAAUCUGCUGCAAGGAGUACUGCAACAAGUACUUCCUCCGGACGCACCGGCUCAAGCGCCACGGUGUCCUGCCGACGCCGGACGAGCUGAAGGAGGAACGGGGUUGCCCCCCGGCCCCCUGGUUGGCCCCGUUCCUGCAGACCAGCCCACUGAACCUGAUCAUGGGCGGUGGCGCCGCCGCCGCCACCGUCGCCGGCGGUUCCGACAUGGUGAGCGCUCAGUUGGCACUCCAACCGUCGGCGCUCAAGAAGUUCAUGGCGGUGGUGGCGGCCGAACGGGAUGGUGACGAGAGCGGGCCGAAGGGGUCGCUGGAGAUUAAGCAGGAGCUGCAGCUCCUGUCGGCCAAGGACGACGGCGAGGGAGAGAAGCUCCCCGGUGGAGGGAAGCCAGCGCCAGACAAUGGAAGUGACGAGGACGCGGAAGCGAUCAGCGUCGACUUGCAGAAGCUCCAGUCGAUGAUCAUGCAGUUGAACGACCUGAACCAUCAGCACCAGCAGCACCUGGGCCGGAAGCAGCUGGGUCUCGGGUGUUGUGGGGUCUGCGGUAAGGAGCUGGCCAACCAAUACCUGCUCCACGCGCACAUGAUCCAGG